UACUACUUCACCACCAUCACCAACAGUAACAAUAACAAUAACAGCAACAACAAUAACAUUAUGACAAUAACCAGUUCCAGUGUAAUUAGGACAACGGUUCUCGUCAUUACCGUCACCACUUUCGACGUCGUCACUGCCGUCUGAAGUCAAAAAACUUUGAUUAUUAUUUUGUUCAGUUUUCCUUUGGGAUUUUUACCGUAACGAAAUUGAAAAUAUACGGGAUUUUUUUACCGGAUUGCAGAGAAAAAUUAAUUUCAUCGGAAGUAUGAUCACAUGUACACCAGGGACUUGGGAGUGUGUGAAAAGAAAUGAGGAGACGUUAAUAUAAUCCUGCGUGAAUAUUCAUUCUUCAAACGACAGUUUUAUGCACAAAGUUACGAUAUUCUGCAAAUAUGGUCGGUCUAAACCUGUUACCAUGCCAUUUCAAAUCGAAAGAAACUUUAUUUAAACUAUGUUUGAUAUUUUUAAUACAUACGGCUGUAAUGGAUUCAAUAUCUUCGGCGAUAUAUCCACUCUGUGAAUCUUUCUGCAAGUGUAGAAACAAUCAUAAAGAAAUCAACUGUGAAGAUACGAAUUUGACGUCAGUACCGAAAGGUAUCCCUGAAACAGUGACGCAUUUGCGGCUUAGCAAGAAUGACAUCCGAUUUAUAAAUCGAGACGACUUUUCGAAAUACCAUCAAUUGGAAAUACUAUAUUUAGAUAAUAAUGAAAUAGUCCAAAUCCAAAAUGGAGCCUUCAGAAAUCUUCAAAAAUUAAAGUCCUUGAAUCUCAGCAAUAAUAAGUUGUCAUAUAUACAACCAAACACCUUUCAGCAUAUGGCUUCCUUAGAAGAGAUAAAUUUGAAUAAUAACAACAUCAGGUCCUAUGGAAAGGAUUCUUUCUUAUUCCUGCCUAACAUACGUACAAUCCAAAUGAAUAAUAACUCUGAAUUAUGGUGUGGAUGUCACCUUCCAGCUCUUAAGAGGUAUAUGAAGCAAAUGAAUCAAAGUCUUAAUGUCUCAGGAAAAUGCAUUCUUCCAGAGCAAAGAGACAAGACUCUAUGGGAUCUAGAUGCAGAACUUCAAAAUAUUUGUGGAAACUACCAACUUUUUGAUAAAGCAGGCCAUUGUCUACAAUGCUCAGGCUCAAACUGCUCUAAUCAACAAACAAUGACCUGUCCUGGUCCAGAGCCUGUAUGUAUGCACAUUAUAUCUGUGAUUGGGAUUACACUGAAGUCUGAAAAAUCAUGCAGCACCUACAAAAAAUGUAUUGCAGCUGAGCACAAAAAUAUGAAUACCUGUAAUAACUGGACCAAUGGCACUUCUUGUGUUUCUUGUUGCAAAGGAUAUAACUGUAACGUGGGAGAUUCCAUUGGUUGGACGCAUUCAUUUCUAUUUAACCUGACAAUUACAGUCAGUAAAGACUUUUCUAAGGACCUCGUAAAUACGAGAUCAAAAGAAUACCAUGACUUGGCUAAAAACAUAUCCAGGCUUCUAGAAGAGGAAUUUUCAAAAUUGCAUGGAACCUACAUUGUUAAAGUAAAAUAUUUCAGACGUCCCCCAGUGACAGCAUAUAUAAGUAUCUACUGCACAGUUCUAAUACAUACCUCUGAAGUAGAAGUCUGGUAUAAUAUUUACAACAUACUGAAUUCAUCAAACACUAUGGAUUAUCUAAACGUUCAGCGGGACACCAUGAAAUUAACUAGCGCAACGCUUUGCAAUGAAGAAACAGUAUCGAGUAAAAAAGGUACGUUUCAUUGGCCAACAACAAAUGGUGGAACUAUCGUGAGGAUCCCAUGUCAUGCAAAUGACGCUGAGGCAACAAGACGAUGUUUCACAAGAGUAAAAGGGUUUCCAAAUGAGGUUUUUCAAGAAAAACCUUACCCACAUUUUGGUAUCAGUAUGUGGGGAGAACCAGAUCUGUCCCUUUGUUAUGAUAUGGAUUGGAUUACAGAAGCAUUGCAGAAUAUCAGCAGCUCUGAUUUUGAUGAAAAUAAUAUUGAGAAAAACUCAAAAAAACUUCUAGGUAUCUCGGAGAGUGCUCGAUAUUUCCAAGAAAUUGAUGUUGUGUUGUCUACAGACAUUUUAGAAAAAAUGAUGCCAUUGGUACCCGAUAUAUCUACCAAUAUAACAACGAAUAAUAUUCUUCAAAGCGUCAAUAACAUGAUCGAUACUCCAGAAGACGUAUUGGUUACUGCACAAGAGUCCAACCAGAGUGCUAAUGGAAUGUUGGCCGUCAUAGAGAGAAUCCCAAAUGAAAUUUCCCUGAAAGAGCAGCAACUAACAACUUUAUAUUCCAAUCUUGGCAUUGGUGUCAGCAAAGUAGAUAAGGACAACUUCGAGGGUUUUACCUAUGCAAUUGAAUCUGAAAACAAUGGAACCCAAAAAACUAAUACGAUAUAUAAUGCUUCGUAUGCUGAAGUAGAAAAUAUGAUGGUGAUGGACUUCAUCACAUUACCAAACAGUUUAUUAAAACACCUGAAAAGCGAAGAACUUCUAAGGAUUUCAAGGGUUUCCUUUCAUUCUCUACGGACUGAUAAGCUAUACAGGGUAAUUCAAAAACCUCUUAAAAAAAAGAUGGAAGUACUCGAACAGUUUGUCAACAGUCAAAUCAUUGCUGCCAAUAUUCCUAAUAUUCAAAUAACCAACCUUGAUAAACCAAUUACAAUGUCUUUCAGUUUAAUACAUAAGUCUGGUUAUAACCCACGGUGUGUUUACUGGGAUGACACCCCUGGACAGGAUCCACAUUGGUCCACAAAAGGCUGUAAUAUAUACAACAUUGUACAAGGAGAAAGAAUAUCCUGUUCCUGUAACCAUCUUACAAGUUUUGCACUGCUAAUGGAUGUUUAUGGAAAUGAAAAGGAUGUUGAUGUUAAACCAAUAUCUAUUAUAUCUAGCAUUGGAUGUGGAAUUUCGAUUGUCUGUCUCAUACUCACAAUUAUAGUUCAUGUUUCUUCCAAAACUCUACGAAAAGGACUUUUUUCAAAAAUUUUGAUAAAUCUUUGCAUUGCUUUAGCUAUAGCAAAUUUCAUAUUUCUUGUUGGAAUGCGUCCAUAUGCUACGAAAGAUAUAAUUGCUUGUAAGGCAGUAGCAGCUCUACUACACUACUUUCUUACGGUUUCCAUCAUGUGGAUGGCUGUUGAAGCAUCUCAUAUCUAUUUAGCUGUGGUUGUUGUAUUCAAUAAAUACAUGACUAACUACAUGCUGAAGAGUACAGUAAUUGCUUGGGGUCUUCCAGCAAUAAUAGUCAUCCUAACUCUGGCUAUCAACAACACAAAUAACUACAUCAGAAUUGCUGAGGUUUGCUGGUUAUCCCAGACAUCUUUCUAUGCUGCUUUCCUGUUUCCAGUGGUGGCUGUUCUCCUCUUCAAUCUUACCAUAUUUUCUCUCAUUAUUGGGCGCCUUAUUUCAAUGAAAAACGACAAGAAAUUUGAACACAAAGCAAGGAAAUUACGGCUUUUUGGAAUCAUUGGCGUGUUUUUCCUACUUGGCCUCUCUUGGAUAUUAGCAUUCUUCACAUUUGGUGAGGCAGCUUUGGUGUUUAAAUACCUCUUCGCUAUCUUCAAUACGCUUCAAGGAUUGUUUAUCUUCAUAUUCUACUGUCUAUACAAGAAAGAUGCUAGAGAUGUCAUCUGCAUGUAUUUAUGCAUACAAAAGAAAGAAGAUUUGAAGAGUAACACCAAAUAUAAAACAAAUACUCAAGAUUCAUCUGAAGGAAAGAUGUUAGGAAAACAAAACCUUUAUAAUUCUGAUUCUAGUAGUGGAGCAGUGAGUUCAAAGGUUACCAAUUCAGAUGGGGACAAAAUGAAUACAAGACUGUAAAACCUCAUUAAAUAAUUACUUAAAAGCUUCCUUUUUCAUGCAAUCAUGUAUUCAAAUUUUUUUAUCAUAAUAAAUCUAAAGCUAUCUUGCAAAACAAAUAGAAUUUAACUUAAAACUAGAAAUCCAACAACGUGUGUAAAAUCAAUGGAUAUCAUUCAUGUACAAAACAAAAACAAAAAAAAAGAAAAUAAGAGUGCUUCAUCUAAUUUUACUAUUGCACAUCUGUUUUAACUUUUUGAACUAUAAUCUAUUGAACUGUUUGCUUAUGGUAAUUAAUUACCCUUGAAAAAAAAUUUAUCUUUUACUAACUAUGUUUUAUACAUCAUAAGUGAAUACUACAAAAUGAAAAAAAAAA